GUUUCAAAAUCAUAUUUAUACAGUUACUAGUUCAAGAGUUUGUGUAGCAAAAACAAACAAUGAUUCUUCGGAGGCUUGUUCUGUCUGCAACAUCGAAUUCAAAUCCCAGAAGAAGCCAAUCACUUUCAUCUUCUGGUGUUCGUAUUCUCUCAUCAUCAUCUUCAGAUAGAUAUACGUCGUCCUCGCAACGAUAUUCCGGUGACGAUAGACUCGCCAGGCUAAGGCACAAGGACUGGUUAGCCCCAAACGAAGUUUUGAAAAUCUUCGACAAUGUCAAAGAUCCGAGCUUCCUGCUGCCAGCUUACCAGCAUUACUCUAAACGGAAAGACUAUCAACCAACGGAAUCUCUCUACGCCCUUAUGAUCAACAAGUUUGGCCAAGCUAAAAUGUACGAUGAAAUCGAAGAAGUAAUGAGAACUAUAAAGCUUGAGAAAAGAUGUCGUUUCUCAGAGGAGUUUUUCUACAAUUUGAUGAGGAUUUACGGGAACUUAGCCGGAAGAAUCAACCGAGCGAUCGAGAUAUUGUUCGGUAUGCCGGAUUUUGGAUGCUGGCCAAGUUCUAAGAGUUUCAAUUUCAUACUGAAUUUACUUGUUUCCGCGAAGUUGUUCGAUGAGAUUCAUAAGAUCUUUGUGAGUGCUCCUAAGCUAGGUGUUGAGAUCGAUGCUUGUUGCUUGAAUAUACUCAUCAAAGGACUCUGUGAGAGUGGGAAUUUAGAAGCUGCACUCCAACUGCUCGACGAAUUUCCUCAACAAAAAUCACGGCCUAAUGUGAUGACGUUUUCUCCUUUGAUUCGUGGUUUCUGUAAUAAGGGAAAGUUCGAAGAAGCUUUUAAAUUGUUGGAGAGGAUGGAGAAGGAACGAAUCGAACCAGAUACUAUCACGUUUAACAUUUUGAUUUCAGGGCUUAGGAAGAAAGGUAGAGUUGAAGAAGGGAUUGAUCUUUUAGAGAGAAUGAAGGUAAAGGGGUGUGAACCAAAUCCUGGGACUUAUCAGGAGGUGUUGUAUGGUCUCUUGGAUAAAAAGAGGAACUUGGAAGCUAAAGAGAUGAUGAGUCAGAUGAUUUCAUGGGGUAUGAGACCCAGUUUUCUGUCUUACAAGAAGAUGGUUUUGGGGCUUUGUGAAACGAAGUCGGUUGUGGAAAUGGACUGGGUUUUGAGGCAAAUGGUGAAUCAUGGUUUUGUUCCAAAGACAUUGAUGUGGUGGAAAGUUGUUCAGUGUGUUGUUUCAAAGAACAAUGAUGACUCUCAAGCAAAUUUGGAUCGUAUUACUGCUUGCUAG